UGUCAGGAGACGUACAGUUUGAGCGGCCAAGUUUUGUGAUCUGUCGACGGUGACGUUAAAUUUCACUCGAAAUCCCAGCACCUCAAACAUCUAAACUGAAAAGUUUUCACUUUGGGAAACAAUGGCAAACAUUGCUGUUGCCAGAAUAAAGCGAGAGUUCAAGGAAGUCGUCAACGACCAAGGGGUUGCUCAGAGCCAAAUCAAGGUACAUCUUGUAGACGACAAAUUCACAGAAUUAAAGGGCGAAAUAGCUGGACCUCCUGAUACGCCAUAUGAGGGAGGACGAUUUCACCUCAAGAUUACGAUUCCAGAAACAUAUCCGUUUAACCCACCAAAGGUGGUUUUUAAAACAAAAAUUUGGCAUCCCAAUAUUAGCUCUGUGACUGGGGCCAUCUGUUUAGAUAUUUUGAAAGACCAAUGGGCCGCAGCGAUGACCCUGAGGACUGUGCUGCUAUCAUUACAAGCUUUGCUGGCCAAUGCUGAACCUGAUGACCCCCAGGAUGCAGUUGUAGCAAAGCAGUAUAAAGAAACUCAGGAAAUUUUUCAAAAAACAGCUCGUCAUUGGGCGAAUAUAUAUGCUGGAGCACCAAAUAGGGUACCAGAAUGUGAAGAUAAGAUAGCACAAUUGAAGCAGAUGGGCUUUGAUGACGACAAAUCAAGAACAGCCCUUUCAACGACAAACUGGGAUGUACCCCGAGCAUUAGAGUCUCUGUUCAAUUGACAGCAAGCCUUUGCUUUAUAGACUUGUGUACAUAACAUUGAAAUUGAAAUGAAUAUACUGCGUUAUCCAUUGUCUUUUCACCAAGAUGUGAAUUCUGAGGUCAGUGCAAGUUUGUUAGGUUGUGGAAAGCAUUGCAUCAUGGGAUGUACCUCCAUCUUGGCACACAGGAAGUGGAAAGUUUUGGUUUGCAGCAGAUUUUGUUCACGGAAAAAAGUAUUUAGUCCAUAUUAUGAAGUGUUAUUUGAGGAAAAGGAUUCUGAUUUACAGAAGUAUGGUAGUUUUUAAAAUUUGUAUUCUUAUUUAAUUUGGAUUUUUGAGCUAUUGUUUACAGAAUGACUUUUUUACCCCUUGGUUAACAUUAAGCAAUGGGUAUUAGGGUAGUGAUGUUCGUUCAUCACUCCCUUUGUCUGUCCUUACCCCUGUUACCAAAAUACGUUGAGAACUGAUUCAUGUAUCAUUAAAAAAUACAAUGAACUUGUUUAUCUCCAUUCCAGUGGACAGCCUUUCGAAAUACACAUUGUCAGACUUUUUGUAGUCAGAAUUCUUAUUUGGCUUAACAAUGCUAAAUCUUUAAAACUACUAGGCCAAAUUCAUUGAAACUGAUGGAGCUACCAUAAUUUAUCAGAAUGUGGUUGGCGCUAACGACCUGUGACCUUUACUGUCUCAAAUCAGAGUUCAUAUAUGACUUAAACUAUAUCUCCAAAACUACAGAACCAAAUUCAAUGAAUGCCAAUCAGUGGAAAUCAUUUGAGUCUUCCCUCAAAGUGGGUGACGUAAAUGACCUUUGACUCGCCAAAAUAUGUCCAGCAUUUGUGCUCGGGAACACUGCAUGUAUUGUGGAGUGCAGCAGGACUGAGGAGGUUUGUCUAGUGAAGCUACAUGGUUUUAUCUAAUUCAUAGCAUUGAGCAUUCGGGUUCUUGGCUUGGACCAGGAGGUGAUAAAUAACAUGAAGCUAAAUGGGCGAAGAACUAAUUUUUGCCAAUUUCUAAGGCUUACAGGAGAAGAAAAAACAUGACAGUAUAGGCUGAAAAGAGCACAUUUUUUUUCUGUCUGGGGGUGCCUGCUGCAUAAUUUUGUCAUUUUUCCUCGCCGUACCUGAAAACGGCAAAGCUGGCAUAAUUUGCCGAGUCCAUUGCGUCCUCCAUCUGUAACACCCUGUAAUUUAUGCUGGGUGUGUGUUGCCUCUCAGCCAGUGGGAGUCGUUAAAACUGCCAACUUUUUCUUGUAAACUCGGAACCUACGUCCAACAUUCCGGUUUCCCGAUCGUCAAGCGGAAAACGAACUGUACUGUUCGCUACCCUGUGGGAAGAAGAGUUCUGCUGGAAAUGUAAGAACUGCACUUCGGCGGUUUCUGACGGCAAUUCUCCUCUUAACACAGAUAGACUUCUUAGUUCUAAGGCAAAAUGGAGUUGCCCACAGCUGAUUUUGGCGCUGUCUUUAUUUAUAAUUUGUCAGCUUGAGGUACAUAUUAGAAUUUUUAUUAUGGCAUGUACCUGCGAGGAAAAACAUACUUUUUUCAAGGGUAUUUAAAUGAUAUUUAAAUCUUCAUCUCCUUUAAUGACCUACAGGACAAAGACCCUAUCAUGUUUGAAGGUUAGGCAAAUUCAGAUUACUUUUCCAGAAGGAAAUUUCUUACGUAAAAGCUAUAUUUUUCAUUGUUCAUGCUAAAAUCUAAUUCAGAAAGAUCUCGUCUGGGUUAAAUCAGUUUGUUUUUAACUGAAGGACUCUGGUCAUGUGACUACAGAGUGUGCUGAUGAUUGGCUCAGUGCAGCGGUGACAUCACUUCAGAACUAUGAAUAACAGACAAUGGUUUGUCUGAUUCCAUUCAGGUUACCGUUUUCAUGGUUUUGAUUAACAGUUUGAUCAUAGUGGUGUUUCAGAACACAUCCGUGAGAAUCACAGGGAACAUUUGAAAGAGCAUAAGAGGGGAGCGGAGGCCUAUUUACAUGUUCAUCUGCCUGACACAGUUUUAUGUUGUUCUGCUGGUCAGUCUGAUGCUCUGGAUUCACUCACAGAAAUUUGUGGGCUUUAGUGAAACAGUUUCUUGUGCAAGUGGACGUUACUGGAAAAUUGAGCUCACGAAAAGUAUUGUAUCACAAGUACAAGAGUAACAAAUAACCCGCGAUUUCUUUUUCUGCUUUCAGCCUCCAAUACCAUCCGUGGUAUUGAAAGCAGAAAAGUUUUUGUCAACUGGCCUUCCGUUAAAUGUUGGAAUAUUCAAAAUUAGGGAGAAAAUUCUAUGAACAUAGGUUUUUACACGGCACAAGCACUCAACAAGCGAAAAAGGACACUUCAUUCAGCCAUUGUCGUAUUUAAGAGUAAAGAGAAAAUAUUUGUUGGUAUAUGAAGGCAUAAUUGUCAUCAUAACCAGAAUGUGUUUUAUUUUUUCGAACCAUUAUGAGUGAGAUAGUUAGAAAUUUUGACAUUUCUUUUACUGGCAGCAUUUUCAAACCUGGCAAUCCCACAUUGAGAAUUGAAAGCCAGGGUAUGUUUAUGUGUAGAGGAAGCAACAGAUUGAAAUGGCUUAAUUUAGAUUGGCCUGGCACUCCCAGCUGGCACAGCUAUGGCAUGUUACCCAGGACCAACCCAUUGCUAAUUCUUGAGUGAUACCAGACGUAAAGUAAAUGGCAUAACUUAAAAAUCUAACCAUUAAAUAAGCUACUAAAAGUUAUAUUAUUAGCUUGUUAUUUAAUGAACCUGCGGAUGGUUGUGGGUUUCCUCAGGGCUCCGCCCGAUUUCCUACCACUAUAAUGCUGGUUGUCGUUGGAUAAUUGAAAUAUUCUUGAGUACGGCGUAAAACAUCAAUCAUAUAAAUAAAUAAAUGUUAUUAAAUGUGGUAGUGUUUUUGUCUGUCUUGACAGAUCCAAAUAUUAAAAUCACCAAGAUUUAUCUGCUGUAAGUAUCUUAGUUGACUAUAAAAAUAAACUUUACCCUGUCGCUUUAUCUUUUGUAUACUGAAUGCUCUGAAAAAUUAGACUAAUGUAUCUUUACUUUCGGCACAGUCCAGCGUCGCAUGUUUAGGAGGCUUUUAUCCCAUCCAGAUUUCCCUAAAGAAGGUGGUCAUGAAGUACUUGUAUAAGCAAUAAAUACGUAAGUUUUGUGAUAAAGUUUUGGCUCUAUUUAUUGUGAAGAAAAAACACAAGAAAUAAUUUAACACUGAACAUGCAGAAGCUGUUUUGCCAGCCAAUUUUCUUUUUUGAUUUUCAACUAGAUUCUUGUCAUAUUCUGUAUAUUAAGCUUGGUUGACUUGGGCCACACAACUGCCAAGAUCUAUGUGUUUCAGUUUACAUCAAUGUAAUCAAUAUAAACCCUACUCAGAGUUACAUGUAUGUUGAGGUUAUUAUUUAAAUCUCGUAUCGUGGAUAUUUCCUUCUCUCAAAGAAAAGAUUUCCAUGGUUUCAGGGUAAACAGAAAUCUGCUAGGCAAUUUGCAUGGUAAUUCGAUGAGAAUUUAAUUGUUGCUCCCACUCGAACAGUUUCCAUUCCCAUUUAUGCUCUUCGCAGAACCUGAAUGACGUGCAUUCUCAGAUGUUCCAUUACUGUGUAAUCACGGAUGAUUAUUUUUGGUCACGUAAUUUCUCUUCUGCAUUUUGCACAGUGACUAAGAUGUCACAAAUUCCUUAGCAGAAUUCUUCGUUACCACACAAAAGUUGAAAUAAUGCAUGUUAUAAAUAUUUCUAUGUCUGCAGUUCAGUGUCCAGUUACCAAAAAGCGUCAAACCUGUUAAAUCACGAGCUUUCAAACAAACUAAACCAAUAACUUGAAUUGUUCACCUUAUUGGA